AUGCAGCUUCCUGACCGCAUCACUUCAAACCCCUUCAAUUCAAACAAAUGUACGAUCCUCUGCAAUGCAAACCUCUCUGACCCUGACUUUGACUUCUUCCGCGUCUCGACCAACGCCGCCAUCGACAACCACGCAGGCAAACGCAAACCUCCAAGACCACUACCACCAUCACCAACACCAUCACCACCGCCGCCCUGCGCGACGGGCCUCGAGAAGGAACAGGACUAA